UGCCACCUGGUUUGCUUACAGCUCCAAGUAUCAUGAGGCUGCAGGCUAGGCCAGGGAAGCUGAGUUCUAGAGCCGUAGCUUCUGCCCUCUCGUUGAUGCAUCCUCCAAACAAAUUUUAAGAGGAAAUUGUCACAGAUCCGGGGGCCUCUCCCUGGAGGGAUCCAGCGGAGACACAGAGCCAGAGAGCGAGUGGAUCUAGCCAGCCGGCAGCCAUGAAUGAAUGGAUGAAGAAAGGCCCCUUAGAAUGGCAAGAUUACACUUAUAAAGAAGUCAGAGUGACAGCCAAUGAGAAGGAGUAUAAAGGAUGGGUUUUAACCACAGACCCAGUCUCUGCCAAUAUUGUCCUCGUGAACUUCCUUGAAGAUGGCAGCAUGUCUGUGACCGGAAUUAUGGGACAUGCUGUGCAGACUGUUGAAACUAUGAAUGAAGGGGACCAUAGAGUGAGAGAGAAGCUGAUGCAUUUGUUCACGUCUGGAGACUGCGAGGCAUACAGCCCUGAGGAUCUGGAAAAGAGAAAGAACAGCUUAAAGAAAUGGCUUGAGAAGAACCACAUCCCCAUCACUGAACAGGGAGAUUCACGAAGAACUCUCUGUGUGGCUGGGGUCCUGACUAUAGACCCACCAUAUGGUCCAGAAAAUUGCAGCAGUUCUAAUGAGAUUAUUCUGUCCCGUGUUCAGGAUCUUAUUCAAGGACAUCUUGCAGCUUCCCAAUGAGACACCAAGAACUAUGGAUGCACUGAUUACAAAAAGACUUCAUUUUUGUUUUUCCUUCAUAAAAUGUUUUGAAUGUUAAGUUCAUCGUAUUACAGGACUUUAAAGGCACAUAAGUGUGUGUGAGUUUUAAUUCUUUGUUGUUUUGGUAAAAUCAAGGAUGUGGAUUAUGGGUGCUAAUAAAUAAGUGAACUGUGGUAAGGAGAGCAUCACAUGCAACAAAAUUAGCACAGGGACAUCAGAAUUGUAAGAGUCUUUUUCCUUCCAUUUUUGUUAGGCAAGAAAUGUAUUUGGAAAAAACGCAACAUGUUAGAUUCAAUGUAAAACGUCUUGUUACGUCCCUUGCACUAA